AGCAUUGCUUUUAUCUGCCCCAAGUUUAGACCUGGAAGAACACUCAUGUUCUAAGUGUCUGAUUGCAAUGGACAUCGAAUCACUUGCUUCUGAGUUCGGGAUUCAGGCUCUCAAGAGUGCAGUACCUGGACCUUCUUUAGAUCAAAGUUUAACACGAUCAGAUAUCCUCCUUAAUGAACACUGGGAAGGAGCCGAGGUAGGCAUGGGGUGUGAAGCACCUGCCAGAACUUGGAGUGGCGCUAUCAAUGUUGAUCGGCAAUCCAUUCCAUCUCCUGUAGCUCCUUCUUUCACUUCCUAUAAUCCAUUCAGGAUUCUUGAAUCAAGUGAGGACCUUGAGGAAACCCCGGAGGCUCAUAAUUUCAACAAUGAAGACGAGAUGAUAGAUUUAUUUAAUUGCUCUUCUACUGCAAGGAUGAUGAAACUAAAUGCUCUUGAGGAUGCAAGCCCAGGAUUUGAAGAACCUGCCCUCUACACUCACUGUGAAGGAGAGAAAACUGUUUUUAUUGACUCUAAGCUUGAACCUUUUAGAAUCAUAACUCCGAGUUCCUCUAAUAUGUCAUUGCAGCUUCCGAAAUUAGCUAAGGGUAAGGCAACCUACUCACCUUCUCUUAUGGUUACUAGAAGUAAAGCUAAGAUUUUAGCAGCAGGAAGGAAAGACAACCCCAUUAAGGGAGUUGACACAUCUGAUGAGGAAAGCGAAUCUUUUGUAGAAGGCAUCCGCUCCGCUUUCAAGAGGAGCUAUUCAUUAGAGAGAGUACACCUUGAAGACGAUGAAGAAGACACGCCAUUAUACACCAACCCGCAACCACAACCUAAGGAAACAUCUCAAGUGAUGGUCGAAAAUGAGGACCAAGCAGACGAAGAAGAACAAGAGGAAGCCCAGGAACAAGAGGAAACCGAGCUUCCCAUCGCUUGGAGAACGCACAGGAACCAUCCACUUGACCAGGACAAGAGCAGGGCCGCCACCUCCGGGAAAUCAAAGUCCAAAUCCCGGGCGCCUACGUCAUCCUCCGAGGAGAGCCUCUACUAUGGCGACGGGUCAUACCUUUGGUUUGAUUCCGAGGAGGAGCGCACCCGUUUCUUCACCUUCUUCUCUAAACGCGUUGUGGCUCCCCCACGAAUCAUCCCGGAGCGUUACCCGGAGUUGCAGGGCUACGACGACCUCGACGCGCAGCUUCAUCAAGCCGGCCUUUGGCCGUUCGUCUCCCGGGCACGAAAGGAAAUCAACCCGGCGCUAAUCCGGGCCUUCUACUCCAACCUCCGGCGUGAGGACGACGUGCUCUACUCGCUUGUCAAGAGCACGCUGAUUGAGCUCACCGUAGAGCAGCUUGGGCGCAUCGCCGGCCUCCCCUUCCAAGGCAACGAUGUGUCUCACUAUGGUGGAGAGGAUUGGGUGCUCAACAACGAGGGCCUUAUCCUCAACGAGCUUGGCAUGACCGAGCUCAAACGCCAUGCCUCGGGCCGCCCAACCAUCCACUCAAACCCAGGAAGCACGGCCACAGCAUCAUGCACGCACGACCACCUCCUCCCGUACCCGUUUUUGGUGAUGGACAUCCUUGAACGGUUCAAGGUAACCACCACCGUUGGCCCGCUCACGAAGGCCACAAAGCUUUGGACAAUCAGCAACAAAACCUUCAUCAAACGGUCAGACAACGACGCGCCUGCCACUGCCGCGCCACGCCGCACUGCCACUGCCGCUGGCCCAGCCGAACCCCUGGCCUGGGCCAACCUCGCCUCCAUCGCCGACUCCCUCAACAGGCUCCACCUCAAGGUUGACGGGAUGGGGAGCUACCUUGAACGGCUCGACGUGGCUGUUCAACGCCAAGGGUACGCCAUGAACGCGUAUUUCCAAGGCAUCAACUACGUCCCGCCACCUCUUCACGGCACCUUCCUCGGCGAAGUCUACGAUGAUGAAGACGAAGAGGAUGAGUCCUUCUCCCAGUCAAGCUCCCCGGACAAGGAUCAGUUUGAAGAUUUCGUUGAUGGUGAUGAGAUGGACGUCGACGACGACGAGGAGGAAACCGAAGACGAAGCCUAGGACUCCCCUAGCAUUUCUCUCUUUUGCUUCAAUUAUCUUUUUUUAAUGCUUCCGUUGUACUCCACUAUUUCCCUUUAGCCAAUAAAAGAAGGGCUGUUUCCUUCGAAGGUUCGUUGAGGUUCGUGUGACUCGAAUUCUCAAGUUGUACGGGUUUGUUAAGCACCGUUAAGCUUAACGAGAUAGUAGUGUAGCUCGAGAGAGUCUCUCGGG